AUGGAGUCCUCAAAUAUCAUCAAAGUGACUGUGAAGACCCUCAAGCAGAAGGAGCAGUUUGAAGUUGCUCAGAGCAGCACCAUCCAGGAGUUUAAGGAGGAAGUCGCCAAGCGUUUCAAAACAGCCCCCAAUAUGCUUUUCCUGAUAUUUGCUGGGAAAGUCCUCAAGGAUGGAGACACUUUGAGCCAGCAUGGAGUUCACAGUGGGGUCAGCAUCCACGUGGUCAUCAGGUCCCCAAAAAGACAGCAGGACAGCCUAGCAGAUCAAGGAACAGAGAGCACCCUGAUGCCACCUCCCAGCCACAGUAAUUCCAACACAUUCUUCUUGGGAAGCCUAGCUAAUCUGCAAAGCCCAUGCUUGAUCCAUCAUAACUUGUCCGAGCUGUUGAUCUCCAGCCAGGAAACAGUGGCCAGGACCAUGGAGAACCUCUUGUCUAGGAUCCUCAGUUCAGGCCUGGAUCUGAACACCAUCAACAACAACGCAUUUUUGCUAGGGUUCCUCCUCGGGGUGACAGGUGUACAUCUCCUAGGGCUGGACUCAACAGAUGUGUUGGACUUGCUGAGCAGCAUUCAAGAACAAGACGUGUCCAUGCACAGCUUGAUAAAUGACAUGGUGCAGAGCAACUUUCUGCAGCAUAUCCUUGGCAAUGCCCAUCUCAUCACGUCCAACCCGCAGCUGCAGCGGCUGGCUGAAGAAAAUCCUGAGGUCGCUCAGAUUCUGGCCAACUCUCAAACUAUCAGAGAAAUAUUAGAGGCCUCCAGCAAUCCUGCCAUAAUGCAAGAGAUAAUAAGGAACCGCGACGUGGCCAUGAACAACCUGGAAAGCGUCCCUGGUGGGUACAGCUCUCCGGAGCAGCUGUACAGGGAAACUGAGGAGCCCAUCUUGGAUGCUGUGCAGGAACAGCUGGGCAACAACCCAUUUGCUUCCUCAGACGGUAACCCACCCCUGAGCGGAUCCAGGCUACCAGCCCAUACGGAAAACCGGAGUCCUUUACCCAACCCUUGGGCUCCACGGUCCGACGGAGUCAGUGACAACGCAGAUGACUACGAUGGCCAGCCUGCCAGCAGCAGCGCAGGCAGCAGUUUUGCCUCGCCGAAUCUGGGUCCUGCAGCAGGUGCAGUGGUACCCAACUCGGGGGAGGUUCACAGCAUGAUUCAGCAGCUAACGGGGAACCCAGAAUUCAUGCACAACCUGGAGAGUGCGUUAACAAACCCCAACAGCCCAGCACAAACGCUGCUGAAUAGCGUUCAUAUAUCAAGUGAUGGGAAUUCUCUGCCUCAAGAUCUAUGGGCACAGCAGCUUCCACCGGAGAUGGAGGACGCGGAGAUUUCGUCCUUGCUGAGAAACCCCAGAGCACUGCAGGCGCUGCUGCACAUCCACCUGGCGUUAGAGACUCUCUCAACAGAAGCAUCCGAUUUUUUACUUAGUUUGGAGGACUCAUAUAUGGAGACGAGUGUGGAAAGCAUGGACGACUCGGCACAAAGCAGUGAGUCUGAGGACGAUGCAAUUUUGGUGUCAGACAAGGAUGAAGCAGAAGAUCAGAGAGAGAUGGACGAGGAGGCACCACAGACAAGAUUUAAGAGACAAAUGGAGCAGCUCAGCGCCAUGGGCUUCCAGGACCAACAUGAUCAGUUUAAGGUCUUUGUGCAAUAA